ACGGCGGCUUUAACUCGAGCAGGUGAGCAGGACGCGGAGGCCGUGCCGCCGCCGCCGCCGUCGUCGACGCUGCCGUUGCCGCCCUCCACUCCCUCCCACCUCAAAGCUCCACUUCGGCUCUCCUCUAGCACUGCGGCCCCGUCCCCCCCUGGUGGUGCCUCGAAUUCUCUGUCGCGCCAUCACCAUCGGACGAACCCCCCUCUGGUGAGUGGCGACUGAUUUCGUUUUGCUGGUAUUGAAGUGGCGAGGAGGCAAAAUGAGGCAGUGGUUCUGUUGUAAUUGCCACUUUGACGAGGAGGAUGACCAUGGGAAGGAGCGCUCCAAUGCUCAGGGCAACAAGACAGAUGCGAAGCAAAAAUCUUCAAAACCUCCUGUUAGUCAACCUGAACCAGAGAUUGCCCCGCUUACAAUUGAUGUCCCUGAAUUGUCACUGGAGGAUUUAAAACAAAAAACCGACAAUUUUGGAUCAAAUGCUCUGAUUGGUGAAGGUUCAUAUGGACGAGUGUACCAUGCCACUUUGGAUGAUGAGAGGCAAGCAGCAGUUAAAAAACUGGAUGCAUCUGAAAAUGAGCCUAAUGAUGAAUUCUUGAAACAGGUCUCUCUGGUGUCAAAGCUAAAACAUGAAAAUCUUGUUGAGAUGUUGGGUUACUGUGUGGAGGGCAACUAUCGUAUACUGGCAUACGAAUUUGCGACCAUGGGUUCCCUUCAUGAUGUUCUUCAUGGAAGAAAGGGAGUUCAAGGUGCACAGCCUGGUCCUGUACUUGAUUGGACGCAGAGGGUAAAAAUUGCUAUAGAGGCAGCAAAAGGCUUAGAGUACCUGCAUGAGAAGGUUCAGCCUUCAAUCAUUCAUCGGGACAUCAGAUCAAGCAAUGUACUUCUCUUUGAGGACUUCAAGGCAAAAAUUGCAGAUUUCAAUCUCUUGAAUCAAGCUCCAGAUAUGGCAGCACGCCUCCAUUCAACUCGUGUAUUAGGAACCUUCGGAUAUCAUGCACCAGAAUAUGCUAUGACUGGCCAGCUGACACAGAAGAGUGAUGUCUACAGUUUUGGUGUAGUUCUUUUGGAACUUCUGACUGGAAGGAAACCAGUUGAUCACACAAUGCCUCGGGGGCAGCAAAGUCUAGUCACUUGGGCUACUCCUAGAUUAAGUGAAGACAAGGUAAAGCAAUGUGUAGAUCCUAGGUUAAAGGGUGAAUAUCCUCCAAAGGGAGUUGCUAAGCUUGCUGCGGUGGCAGCUCUUUGCGUCCAAUACGAAGCAGAGUUCAGGCCCAACAUGACCAUUGUUGUCAAGGCGCUCUCUCCUCUGCUUCAACAAAAACCAGCUGCACCAGCUGCCUCAGAGCCGCCGGCAGCAACUGAGAAUUAAGAUGUUAGCUCACGGUGGAAUUCCUUGGACAUGCGAGUUCCUAAUCAGCGCAUUCUGUGUGUAGUUGCGAGUGGUUUAAGCGUUUCUUUUGUGGGGUUUCUCAACUGGAUGCAGAUUACAUGGAUUUCUCUUUGCCUUUUGUUGCCACCUUAGGCUUGUGGUUUGAGAUUUGUGCUGUACAUUGGUCUGUAGGUUCAAAGGAUGUUGGUUCUUUUUUUCACAAGACUGCAUUCAGAGGUGUCAAAUACCUAGAUGCAAUAUGUUCUGAAUUCAUAUACGGCAGUGUGGUUGCAACAAUCUACUAUUGUUUUUUUGGGUCCCGGCAGUGCGGUUGCAGGGACAGAGCAUA